AUGUAUCGUGCACGUCUGUUGACUCCUUUUGCAGCUAACUCUAACGAUCCAUCAACCAAGCGCAGUCGUUCCGAGGAAUAUCGGAAGGUCAUCAUCCCCGGCCAUCGUGUUGCGAAGCAUCACGCCCGUACGGAGAAUCCUCCCCUCGAGCCAUCAUUCAAACACGAUCCACCAAAUGAUGUUGCGCCCAUUUUCAACCAAUGA